UAUAAAUACUGAUCCCGUCCUUGUCUAGUUUGUCUACAGAUUUCUUGAGUCUGUACAUUGCAUCUGAAAUCUUAUAGAAUGACGUCACUAGCCUGUAUUGUGUUGGCUCUUUUCGCCGCCACUGACGUCACAGUUGGCUAUAUGACCAGCUUCGAUCAGCCGUUUGACUUCAUCUGCCCAAAAGGUCAAGUCCUCAGCUACAUAGCCAGUGAGGACAACAAUUUCUACAACGACAGACAGUGGGACUUUGGUUGUCGUCAGGUCGGCUCUUCUACAUUCAACUGCGCCAAGAGCGGGUACGUGAACGAUUUUGAUCUUCUGUUGGCCUACAUGUGCCCUGAGGGCGCCGUAGUGACAGGCAUAGAGAGCUACCACGAAAACUUUUACGAAGAUCGCAGGUUCAAGUUCCAAUGCUGCGAACUGGAUGCUUCUGAGUUCAACGAAUGCUACAUGACCGAGUUCACCAACAAAUAUGACCAGAAGUUCGCCUACACGGUUCCGGCUGGCUACGUCAUCAGAGGUGCACACAGCGCUCACAAGGACGGCGUUGAAGACCGGAUGUGGAAGUUGUACAUUUGUAAGCUUUAGGAUAUGUGAAAAUAACAUAUGCAAGCUUUAGCAUAUGUGAAAAGAACAUGUCAGGUUCAACGACAGAUAAUAAAGUAUUGAGUAACCUA